GGGCCACCACAACCGCCAAGGAGACCAGCAAGUUUGGCCGCCGUGCUGCAUGAGUUCGUGUUCUCCAACAAUGAAGGGUUUACGGUUCCUCGUUCUCUCCCGCUAUUCUGCAUGGCUUCGUUCGUUCAAGUGAUGGAAACAAACCCUACUGUCUGAUUCUCACAAGGCUCGAUUCGGAACCUGGCAUCAGGACAGAAGAAGCGACGCUUCUGGAACUCCUAGCUACUCGGUAACAAAGAGGCAGGAUAUUGAAGGGUCGACUCUUUCGAGCAUUCUUAGCACAAUUAUGAAGAGGUUCUUGAACUUUGAAUGGAAAUUUUUAGAUUAAGGAGAUAAUUCAAAGCGUUAGUGGGCUUCGUGGAUCAUGUAUCGAUCUACCAUUCGAUAAGCUGGCAACUUACGGGCUGGUUGAAAAAUUGGUAUUUUGACCCGAUACGAAUCUUGGCUUCGCCCGGUUUUCUGAUACAUUGUUCUCCAUCAUCCAUGUGAUGCGAGAAUGAGGCGCGUUGAUACCGAGAUUACCUGUUGAAAGAAAUUGCAACUCGCAGCUUUGUCGGAUUUGGGUUUCAUGGCGACGAACUAUCUCUUGAAAUGGAGAAAAAAAUUCAGUUAAGCCCGAGGCGUAUAUAACAAGGUGACGGCUCGUGUUGGUCGUCCGUCAUCUAUUCUAUCACUAUCUACGCUACCGGUGUUUCAACAAUGCUCCUUGAGAAGAACAUGAUGCAGAUACAGGUCUGCAUGUGAGAUAUCGAGGAGAGUGAACAAUCUGAUGGAACGGAAGGACAAAUUACGUUCUGACGUUGACAUGUACAUGGAAAGCCAUGUACCAGUCAGAAGCUCAUGGUUCGGUCGGCAAUCCCGAGACGCAUGGCAAUCGAUCUUCUCAUAGAAAAGACAGAUCUUGAUUGUUCAAUCCUGCAAAAGAAAGACGACAUGUAUCUUUUCUUGACAACCUUCUAGAACUCAAGACAUAGAAUUCCCGUUGAACAUGCUUGUCCUGUCAGAAUCUCGGAAUCAAGAUCCCCACGCAAGUCUAAAAGCGGUGCAAGCAACGGUUGAGGACCACGUACUGCGUCGUCCACAUGUACGAGGGUUUUGAAGGCAUGGAGGAAGAGCAAGUGAGUGUAAUGAGCGCUCCAGAAGCUGUCUGCUGCACCUGCCACCAACGUCUUUCGGCAGAGAGAAUUGCUCCUCCCUCAGAGAAAUUAGGGCAUUUUCCUCCAUGUCCCUGGACCUUAAACCGGAUCCAGGGACUGCGAGCCCUCAGAAUCAAGCAGGCUCAGAGCCGUGAGUAUGUUAGUGCCGGCUCUAGAGCUGUCUAUUCCUCGGGUUCUUUUCAGGUCGGCUGAAAGGGCCAGACUUGAUUCGCGCUGGAAAGAGUGACCAGGAAGCUACAAGUCCGACAGGAUACCGAUCUCUCCAUCCGAGCUUCAGAAGAAUACAUGACAGCUGCAGAGUUUUGGCUGUGAAGCUUUUCUGUGCUCGAUGGUCUACUUUUGUUUGAGGUGAUUGACCUUUGAAAGACCAGGCCAUGCACGUUUUUCCUGUUAUUGGGUGAUUUGACAAAAGAGAAGGUGGAAAAUUGUGGGUCUGCCUUUUAUACAGCGAAUACUGUGUACUGUGGCAUGGUAGGUGGGCCCUUGGGAGUUCGAAGUUAUGGCGGACACUACGAGUGAACAGCUAUCACAUGAACAGCCAACUGUAGUCAGACUGUGGUCCGCAGACAAUGUAGAGUUCCAAGUAGAUCGAGAGGUGGUGUGUGAGUUCCAGAGUUUGAGGCACAUGGUACAAGAACGGGCUUAUGAAGAUGCACCGAUUCAUCUCGAUCGCAUCUCCAGUAAAUUACUUUCCAAAGUCCUCAAAUACUGCGAAUAUCAUGUGAGCAAUAGAAGGAGAAGACAUGCCAAUGAAAACUCUGCCGAAGUGUUUCUCGAUGCUGAAAAGGCAUGGGACACAGAAUAUCUGAAAGUGGAUCGGAGUGUUCUCUUUGCUCUUCUGGAGGUUUCCUUGGAGUGGAACAUCGAGGGAUUGCUGGCUUUGACUCUGAGUACUAUCGUGAAGCAGAUCUACGAUGGUUCUCGGAAGAUAGCUGAUGAUGAAGAAGAAGGGAAUGGCAACGUUUCCGGAUCCGAAUCGGUUGACUAGAAGUAGGCUCUGAGGUUCCUUCCUGGCUUUUUCGAAAGUAUACAACGUUACUCUGUGGGCUUGGCCCGGCAGUCUAAAGUGGAAGAAGUCAUCUUCAGCUGAAACUUGACCGAGUCUAAAAUUGUCUCAUAAUCUACCCUCCUUGAAUCUCAUCCCAUGGUUGUUUGAUACGUCUGAUGACUGUUCACUUUUUUGGGUAUCAUAUUAUAGAUUGAUUUGCGCUUUAUUCGUCUACAAGCUCAUGAAGCCA